AUGAUUAAAGAUAAAGUUUUCAUGUUCUUCAAGACUAAAUUUGACGAACCAAACAAAGAUAGACCAUGGUUUCAUAGUGACAAGGUAAUGAAGAUUACCGAUGCUCAAAAUGUGAUGUUAGUUUCCUUUUUCUCCAGAGGAGGUGAAAGACGCUGUGUGGAGUUGUGCAAAGAGCAAUCUGUAUACAUUAAAGGAAGAAACAUCAUGGAAAGUCCUCUCAUGCAUAAGUUGGUCUUUCUAGAAAAAUACGAUGACACUCAUGGGUGUUUUUUUGACAAAUGUAUUUCAUGGAUUAUGGCUUGUGUCUCCUACGCCAAAGUAUCAGUUCUUGUUAAUGGAAAUCCUACCAAAGACUUCAAACCCCACAGAGGAGUUCUUCAAGGUGAUCCAUUGUCUUCUUUCCUCUUUAUCAUCGCUACAGGGGGUCUUUUAGCGGUGAUCUUCAAAGCAGUUGAAAAAGGUUUAUACGAAAGUGUUAAUCUCUCCAAAAAUGGACUGAACCUCUCCAUUUUUCAAUAUGAAGAUGGUGUGAUCUUUCUUGGAGAAUGGUAUAAGGAGAAUGCUCUUAAUCAUCUUCGCAUCCUUAGAUGUUUCCAUAUCGCCUCCGAUCUCAAAGUCAAUCUUUCUAAAAGCAAGGUGAUGGGUAUCUGGGUACUUGCAAGCAUGGUUAAACGCGUUGAAAGUAUCUGUAAUAAUUUUUUUGGGAUGGAACUUUGGAUGACUUCAAAGCAACCUGGAUUGCAUGGAAAAAAAGUUCUCAGUUGCAAGAAAAAUGGGUGCCUUGAUAUUGGAAGCCUUCAUGUCUUUAAUCUCGCUUCACUUGGCAAGUGA